CUAACUCUGUGACGAGGUCUAGUAUUAACGAACAGACGACACGAAAAUGGCUAAGUUUUUUUCAAAGUUUCGUUAGCUAGUAUGACUAUGUUAAAGCUGUAUGCCAUAUUGGCAGUCACUUUGGUGAUAGUUUCCGCCAGUGACACGAAGUCUGCUGACAGGAAGUAUACUGACACGAAGUCUACUGAUAAAAAAGGUCAACUAAGAAUAGUAGCGUCUGGUUCAGGACCAUAUGGAAUACUGUAUCAAACGUUUCGCUUCAGUUGCAUUGUGUCACAUGCAUCUGAUCUGAGUGCAAUAAUAUAUUUAACUAAUAUAGAGACACAUGCACAAUAUCAUCCUUUAUGGCAGGAUGGUAGUAACUGCGAAGACCAUAAAAUCACCGCACCACAAUGGAUAAAGGAAGGGUACUAUAGUUCUUGUGGACCUGGCACUAAAGAAACGAAGUCGGAUGUGAAGAUAUAUUAUUUUGUUAUUAAACAAGUAAACCAAAUAGACAGUAAAACUUGGAAAUGUAUAGCGUCACUGACUAAUGAAGAUUUUGAAAGCAACAUAAUCCGUCUGACAGUACACGAUCUCAGUGUGUCCUUGUUCAGGAGAUCACCCUCAGCACCUCUGCUGGGUAAACCACUGACUCUGGUCUGUAAACUGACAGAAUCUGCCGGUCUUAACACUACAGUCCAAUUCACGAAUGGAGCAUUGACGAAGAUGAAUCUUGUCGGCUCGCUGCGUCAAGAGGAGGCAAAAUGCUCAGAAGUCGGUAACACAGCUGAAGGUUAUCACAUCACAUGUGGGGAAGGAACACAUGUCCCCGAAUCUACCACUAAAGAAUAUACUAUAGAGAUCGCCCAAGUAACAUCCCAAGAUAACACAUAUUGGUUUUGUUGCUUCAAAAACGCAGAGAUGGGACGAGUGGUGACGAGCACUCCUUUUCGUCUGACAUUAUGGCACAAUCUGACUGUAUCCCUUUCACUGAAUCCCAGUCCACCUGUGUAUAAGAAGGAGCUGACUGUGACCUGCAAGCUGACAAACGCCGGUGUUAUUAAAGCCCAUGUCCAGUUCAGGAGGAUGAGUACAACUGAGAGUAUUCUCGGCACGCUGCAUCAGGACUCCGACACCUGCACAGCUUUAGACAAAUUCAAAGGCAUUAAAGCUAUUUGUGGGAACGGAACAGAGAGCGGCAUCCCGACAAUUAAGGAGUACAAUAUACAGGUCACCCGGUUAUCAGCCCAGGAAAACGGGGAUUGGAUUUGUAGAGUAGAAGAUGAUAUGAGUAGCAUGAACAUCACAAGCGAAAAAUUAAAUCUAUGCGUCUUCAACUGUAAACAUGGCAAUUUUCAAAAAGAUAUUUGCAAAUGUAGAUGUGAAAAAUACUGGAUUGGACCUGAGUGUGACCAAUGCGACUUAAGGUGUUCAUAUGGCAUUCUUCGUAGGGAUAACUGCACAUGUGAUUGUCCACUGCACCGGAGUGGAGAUAGGUGUGAGAAAUGUGACUUAAGGUGUCAUAAGGAUAGCACUCUUCGACACGAUUGUACAUGUGCUUGUCCAAAACACCGAUCUGGAGACAGUUGUGAAACAUGUGACUUACUUUGUGACAAAGGCACUCUUAGAGAAUCUGCCUGCAAAUGUGAAUGUAGCAAAUACUGGGAUGGAGAUCACUGUGAAACAUGCAACUUACAGUGUAUGUAUGGCAGUCUUCGUGUGGAUAACUGCACAUGUGAUUGUCCAAAGCACCGGAUUCAAGAUAACUGUGAGAAAUGUGACUUAAAGUGUGAUAAGGGUAGCACUCUUCGGUACGAUUGCACAUGUGCUUGUCCAAAAUAUUGGUCUGGAGACAGUUGUGAACAAUGUGACUUAGUUUGUGACAAGGGCACUCUUCAAGAAUCUGACUGCAAAUGUAAUUGUAAAAAAUACUGGGAUGGAGAUCGGUGUGAAACAUGCAACUUAAAUUGUAAAUAUGGUAUUCUUUAUAAUGAUACCUGCAUAUGUGAUUGUCCAAAGCACCGGAUUGAAGAUAACUGUGAGAAAUGUAACUUGAAGUGUGAUAAGGGUGGCACUCUUCGACAAGAUUGUACAUGUGCUUGUCCUAAAUACCGGUCUGGAGACAGUUGUGAAAAAUGUGACUUAAUUUGUGACAAAGGCACUCUUCAAGAAUCUGACUGCAAAUGUAAUUGUAAAAAAUACUGGGAUGGAGAUCGGUGUGAAACAUGCAACUUACAGUGUAUGUAUGGCAUUCUUCAUGAGGAUACCUGCACAUGUGAGUGUCCAAAGCACCGGAAUGGAGAUACCUGUGAGAAAUGUAACUUGAAGUGUGAUAAGGGUAGCAUUCUUCGAUUUGAUUGUACAUGUGGUUGUCCAAAAUACCGGUCUGGAGACAGUUGUGAAAAAUGUGACUUAACUUGUGACAAAGGCACUCUUCAAGAAUCUGAUUGCAAAUGUGAAUGUGAUAAAUACUGGGAUGGAGAUCGGUGUGAAACAUGCAACUUACAGUGUAAAUAUGGCAGUCUUGAUUACGAUACCUGCACAUGUGAUUGUCCAAAAUACCGGAUUGGAGAUAACUGUGAGACAUGUAACUUAACAUGUCAUAACGAUAGCACUCUUCGGCUUGAUUGUACAUGUGGUUGUCCAAAAUACCGGUCUGGAGACAGUUGUGAAAAAUGUGACUUAGUUUGUGACAAAGGCACUCUUCAAGAAUCUGACUGCAAAUGUGAUUGUAAAAAAUACUGGCAUGGAGAUCGGUGUGAAACAUGCAAAUUGAACUGUAAAUACGGCAAUCUUGAUUACAAUAACUGCACAUGUAAGUGUCCAAAGUACCGGAUUGGAGAUAACUGUGAAACGUGCGGCUUACAGUGCCAUAAUGAUAGCAUCCUUCGAUUUGAUUGCUCAUGUGAAUGUCGUUAUUACUGGACUGGAGAGAAGUGUGACAUAUGUACUUUAGAGUGUGAAAAUGGUGAUCUUGUACGUGAGAACUGCACAUGUCAGUGUCCCGGAGACUGGACUGGAGAUAAAUGCGGUGUGUCUUUCCUAAAUGUUUUUAUUGGUGUGGAUGAGCCACAGCGUUUGGAAGAUAGUUUCGAUGGAGCUAUGGUAGCAAUGAUUAUCAUCGCUUUGUUAAUUCUUGCUGCUAUUUUAGCAGCUAUGGCCUAUUAUAAGAGGCGAAACAAAAAGAAGGGAAUAAUGGAGGAUGUUGAUUUAAGUAGCGUCCAUGACCAGAUUGAUAAUCCAGUCUUCACAAGUCAAGAGGCGGAAGAAAUUGAUGAGAUUGCAUUAAUGAACACGGGACUUGGAGUAAAAGAGGAAGACCUGGAUGAUAUAACUAGCAAGACGUUUGAAGGAGACACUGAAGACGAGGAUGAUAGAAACAUGGUGAAAAAAACAAAAACCCAAGAUCAGGAUAAUGUCAUAAAGCGUACAAGUUCUAACGAAAAAGUCUUGAACAAUUCAGAUGCACUAGCCUAGUUUGAUGUAGAAAAAAACAAACAAUACCAGGAGUCUUAUUGACAAAGCUCUCUUAGGCUCUCAUCUUCACAAGUAUUUUUGCAUUGCACAUCACGAUUGAAGGAUUGUUUAUGAAAAAAUAUAUUUAAAAAACCUACAAUUAAAAUAGAUUUAGAAGACUUGUUUCAAAAUUGUAUAUCUUCAAAAUUGGAUGAAGCUAACUCAAAAAGUAUUGAAGGCGAGAUGCUUUGGUGGGGUUGUAACCGAGUAAUAAAGCACUCGCCUGAUACACAGUCGAUUUAAUUAGGCAUUGGGCUAUUUCUCGUUCCAGCCAGUGCACCACGACUGGUAUAUCAGAAGGGUGGUAUUUGUUAUCACAUCUAUGGGAUGGUGCUCAUAAAUGAUCCCUUUCUACUAAUGAAACCAUAUAGGGGAUUUCCUCUCUAACACUACAUGACAAAAUUACCAAAUGUUUGACAUCUAAUAGCCAAUGAUUAAUAAAUCAAAAUUGGAUGAAGCUAACUCAAAAAGUAUUGAAGGUGAAUUAAAACAUGAUGAAGUACUUGCAGAAUUGAAACAUGAAAAAUCGAAAAAGUCCUGGUUCAGAUGGCUUUACAGUUGAAUUUUUUAAAGUUCUUUUGCAUGAAUAAAUAUUUAAUUCUUUAAAUAAUGCAUAUAACAAUAGAAUUUCUUUAGUUACACUAAAUCAAAUUAACAAUUGGGGGGGGGGGGGGGGGGGGGGGGGGGGGGGGGGGGGGGGGGGGGGGGGGGGGGGGGGGGGGGGUGGGGGGGGGGGGGGGGUGGGGGGGGUGUAAUUGGAGACCAAUCUCAUUGCUAAAUGUAUCAUAUAAAUUGAAAAAUCUGCCACAAUAGCCCAAAGAAUAAAAACUCUGUUACCAAAUGUAAUAAGUGAAGCGCAAAAAGGUUUCUUACCAGCUAGAUCUAUACAUGUAGGUGAGAUGACAAGAUUAAUAAAAGGUUUCUUACCAGCUAGAUCUAUACAUGUAGGUGAGAUGACAAGAUUAAUAAAAGGUUUCUUACCAGCUAGAUCUAUACAUGUAGAUGAGAUGACAAGAUUAAUAAAAGGUUUCUUACCAGCUAGAUCUAUACAUGUAGGUGAGAUGACAAGAUUAAUAUAUGAUGUAGACAAGGUGUUCAGUCUUCCCAUAUAUAUUUCUUCUUUGCUCCGAAAUAUCGCUACACUAUUUAAAAAUGAUAAAAAUAUAAAAGGAAUUAAAUUUGGGGACAUGGAGUAUUUAUUUACGCAAUUUACUGAUUAUUCAACAGUAAUAUUAAAUGAAACUGAAAAGCCUCUACAGAACUUCAAAUUAUCUUUGUUUGCUAGUUUUUCAGGCCUUAAAGUUAAUGUAGACAAGACCAAAUUAGUCUGGAGAGGAUCAGAAAUAGGUAUUGGGUAUAAGAUUUGUAAAAAUAUGAUAAAAAGUAACUACUGAUAAGUGUAAAUCUAUGAAAUAAAAAUUUGAUCAAGCAGAACCCUUACACUACUGGGAAGAAAUACAGUUAUAAAUUGUCUCUUUUUUUGGAAAAUUUAAUCACUUAUUUUCAUCAAUUCGCAAUCCAUCUAUUAGUUUUAUGCAAGAACUUUAAGAAAAAAUAAUCUAUUUAAAUUUUAUAUGGAAGGGAAAACCUGAUGAAAUUAAAUGUAUACAAAUAAAUUGUAAUACAUGUAUAUGUGAUGGAGGAAUUAAAGUUCCCAAUGUCCAGUCUUUUAUUAUGGCCACAAAAAUUGCCUAGGUAAAAGACUACUAUGCACUAAUUCAAAGUGGUCAUUUUUCAUGCAAUUACUAGGUGAAAUAAAGGAGCUGUAAAAUAUAAUGGAAUUUGACUUAUUAUAUAUUGAAAAUCAUAUAAUACCACUAAUUAAAAAUAAUUUUUGGACAGAUACUAAUUUAGCUCAGUGCAUAUAUCUUUAAAAAUGCUAAAAUAAAAUUGUUGGGGUAAAUGAUGUAUAAUGAUGAUAUUAAAAUAAACAAUAAACUGGGGGGGGGGGGUGG